AUGGGUAAAGAUAUUGUUGAUUUCGCUCUUCCGAGCAUAGAUGAUGCGUUUGACCCAACCGAGGGCGAGGCAAGAGAGGUCAUCGAGGAAACAACCGUUGAGUUUGACAUGGAUGACACUAAGUUGGUAUCUUCACUGAACUUGGAACAAAGGGCCGCUUACGACGAGAUACUAACGGCUGUUGAACGCGGUGAUGGGGGUGUAUUCUUUGUUGAUGGCCCUGGAGGUACAGGGAAGACCUUCCUAUACAGGGCGAUGCUUGCCAAGGUGAGGAGCCAAGGCAAGAUUGGUAUCGCUACCGCGAUGUCGGGCGUCGCCGCUUCUAUCAUGCCUGGCGGCAGGACUGCCCACUCGAGGUUCAAGAUCCCAUUGAGUUGCGAUGAUGGAGCCUCGUGCAGCUUCACCAAGCAGAGUGGGACCGCCAAGCUCCUAAGGAUGGCCUCAUUGAUAAUAUGGGGCGAGGCCAGCAUGACGAAGCGACAAGCGGUAGAGGCAUUGGACAACAGCAUGCGCGACAUCAUGGGAAUACGUGACCGACCCUUUGGAGGAAAGACUGUUGUUUUUGGUGGGGACUUUCGGCAGGUGCUUCCGGUCGUCAGAAGGGGGUCGCGGGGCCAGAUAAUUGAUGCAACCCUCCGAAGUUCUCAUCUCUGUGGAAGUGUAUGCGGCAGCUUCGGCUCAUCACCAACAUGA